AUGAAUUUGUUUCAUGAUUUUGUUCGACGUGGAAAGGGUUCUGUUUCGAAGUUACCAUUUGAAGAAAUAUUCAUCGAUCAAUCAGACAGCACCGAUAUGAGUAGCAUUUCAAAAGCGGCGAAUACUUUGACAGAAUCGAAUGGAAAUAUUGUAAAAAUUGGCGGUGAUUUCAAUUUGACAUCAAAAAUCAUUCCGAUAAUGAAUACGAAGUCGAGAAUAUCCCUAACAGCUACGACAACAUCGUCAUCACCAAUUACAACACUCAAAUCAAGAAUAGUUAAACUAAAAGGAGGAGCAUAUUUCCGACAAAUUGUAAAUGCUACCGGUAAAACGCAAUUUGAUUUCAAACGACUCGCGUUAUUAUUACAGCGAAUGAUUGAUAGACGAAAAAUAACGAAAAAUCAUAUUACGAGAGAGGAUGAAAUGACGGAAAAUGAUAAACUUAAGAAUGAUUCAUUAUCGGGAGAAGCAAUUCGAUCAUCAUUUCAACAAAAUACAUUUAGUGUAUCGGAUUUAAAACCCGUUGAGCUUCGCUAUCAUCAUUUGAAUCCGGAUUUGAGAUCAGGAAACAAUCAUACGAUUUCCAGAAGUUUGGAAUUGAAAGAAGCAAGAAAGAUAUAUGAAAAUAGCAAUUUUCUUGCUACAAAUCAAGCAUUGAAACAAAGCAGUCGUUAUCCUCCUCAUGAAAUAUUAUCACCAAUUGUUAUUAGUAAGCAUAAAAAAGGAAAUAACGAUAUGACACUAUCAGGAAUUGUGUUCGCAACAUCCGAAAUGCACACUGAUGAGAAUCCGAUGAUUUAUAUCAUCAGAGAAGGUUCAAUUGUGCAGAAUAAUAAAAAUGAUUACGAAUUUGUCGCUUCAGUUACACUUAUCAUUGAUGGCGGAGAAAGGAUUCUGGUGGAUACCGGACUUUCUACAGAUAUUAAUGGACGUACUUGGAUUAUGCAAAGAUUAAGUGAACUUGACGCUCCACCACCCUCAAUCAAUCAUGUGAUCACAACUCAUGGUCAUUUAGAUCAUUCCGGUAACACUAAUCAUUUCCCUGAUGCAUUUCAUUAUGCCGGACGAUUUAGGCAUAUCGGAGGGCAUUCUAAUUUUUCAAGAAUUUUUAAGGAUGAUGUUGAAAAAUUAACAAAAAAUGUUUGUUUGCUAAAAACACCGGGUCACACAUCCGAUGAUAUCUCUGUCCUUGUUAACAAUACAAGUUUUUUCGGUACUGUCAUUGUUUCCGGUGAUAUAUUCAUACGAAAAGAAGACAUGAAAGAUUCGAUGAUAUGGAAACAGUUAGCAGCUAAUGAAACACAACAAGAAGAAUCGAGAAGACGAUUACUGUGCCUAGCAGACUGCAUUAUUCCCGGACAUGGACCGCUAUUUCGAAUAACGAGUAGUAUGAAGCGAGAAUUGAACUGUCCUGGUAGCUAUUAA